AUGGGUGAAUAUUAUAAAUUAUUAUUGGAGGGAAGAAGGCCUAUGAGAACAAGAAAUCCAGCAUCCUCAGAAUAAUAAAAAUCUUCUAAUCAAGCAAACCAAGCACCUCAAUAGUAGUUAAUCUAAAGACCCAGACGUUAGGAAUCACAGCCAGAACGUGGUCAGAAGCCAGCAGAAAAGAGCGCCUAAAAUGAAAGACAUGUCCAUGGUAGAUCUUUAAGAAAUUAAAUUUCCACUUCAUUAAACAAAAAAAGAGAUGAUAAAGAGAAAGAAAAGCAUAAGCUUAAGGAUAAGAGGUUUAAAGAAUAGAUUAAGACUAGAAAGCAGCAUAUGACCUCUCAAAAUACUAUUUCUGUAAUGAAACACAAUAUCAUUAAAGUCCAAGAUGAUAAUGGUGGUAUUGGCUCUGAUGUACUUAAGCUCCAACAAUAAACUUAAAAUAUGCUUAAAGAGAAGAAGAAAUUCAAGAGUCUUGAACGUGAAUUAGAAAUGAAGGAGGAAUCAAAGAAAGAAGAAGAUGAAAAGCUGAAGGAUGAUAAAAGAGUCAUUGAAAAAUUUGAAAGUAUUGAUCCACAUCCAGUUUACGCAGUUGGAAGAUUUGUGGUUUAAACUUAAAACAAAUUCACAGUCCACUAAAUUAUAGAAUAUAAUUAAGAAUAGGACAAAUUUAUAUUAGAUAGUGAAGACCCUGAAAAUUCUUAAAAGAGUCCCAAUCAAGUACUAUUUCUUUCAAAAGUAUUUCUAGCCAAAGUCUCAUCGAUUGAAAAUUUAAGUGAAAAAAUUACAGAGCUAUUGAAUAAAGGCGCCAAUUAAGAAAACUAUAUAUUAAUUCAGCAAAUACUAAAACAAAAUAGACAAGAAAACUAACUUGAUUUUGUUUCUCUUGUACCGACUGCCAAAAAGGAAAAGUUUGAAGCCAUUGAAAUAAAGCUUAAAGAUUAAGUAAACUUUCAAAAAGACCUAAGGGAGUUUGAAAAUGACAUUCCUACUAAUUAAUUUAAACUAGCAUAUCAAAGAGAUCAAACACAGACUAUUGUUGAAAUUUCUAAAAACCUGAAGGAAUCCUUCAGUGAUUACCUUGAAGGAGUCAGAGCCAUAUAAAUUAACAGAGAUAACAUGAGAUAGAUGGCACUAAGUAUAGUAGCCUAUGAUCAACACAAUAAUGAAAACAAAUCGCAUCAUAGAUAAAAGUUAGGAAUCUUAUUAAGAAUUAAAUAUGAUCCACACUUCCAAGACUAUAUGAUUCUUCUGAGACUAUUAAACCAUAAAAAUACUCAAAAGGAAAGAACAGACUGGUUUCAGCUAUCUAAAUAUUCAUUUAAAGCAGAUUUAACUAGAGGCUAUGUAUCUAUGGAUUACUUAAAGAAUUUGGAAAAUGUAAAUAAUGCCGGGCAAAAACUUAAAUUAAGAAUGUUUUAAAUGGUUAGCUACAGGGAAUCCUAGUUAUAAAAAUAGGCUUUGAGAGAUAUAAGUGAUAUCUAAGAUCAUUCUGAACCUCCUAGAAAAGCAACUAUUUUGAAAGAUAGUAGUCAUGAAAGAUGUUCAAGUUGUAACUAUAUUACAGAUGAAAUUGAUCAUCUAAAAUGCUUCAAUUGCCAGAAAAAUUAUCACUUUUAGUGCCUCAAUAACCCAGUUGUACAUUCUUUGCUCGGAAUAAGAGAGAAUGAAUGGAAAUGCCAGGAAUGCAUUAGAUGCGCCAAUUGCUUAUCAAUGAGGAAUAGAGAUCAAAUGCUAGUUUGCUAGAAAUGCAACACUGGUUAUCAUUUUGAUUGCUUAGAUUAAAGUGUGAAGCUCGGAGUGCCUUCAAUAAGUUUAGUAGAAAAGGAUCUUAAAACUGGAGUUGAAUCUAAGAAGAGUACAUUUGCUUAAUUAAACUAGCAUUACAAAUGUGAGCAAUGUGUCGAAUGUGAAUAAUGUGGUUCCAAAGAAGCUGGAGAGAAGAGAAUUAACAAAUGGUCAAAAGAUUAUAAGCUUUGCUCUUCUUGUAAUAAGAAAAGACAAAAUAAGCAAUAUUGUUUAGUAUGUGAAAGAUUCUGGCCUGAUAAUACUCAGUAAAUUCAAUAGUAAAACUAAGGGGAAGAACAAGAAAAUGUUAAUCAAACGAUUUAGUGCAUAAAAUGUGAAAUGCAAGUACACUUGCAUUGUGACAGAAUAUUCUAACUUUUAGAUGCAAAAUAAAAAUUUAAUGAUAGCAUUCUUCAAUAUAAUUGCUAGAAAUGCAGAUAAAAUAUAAGAACUUAACUUAUAACCUAGGUAAUAGAUGCUUUAGCCAUUGAGGAUAAAAGUUCAUUUUUCUAAGAGCCUGUUGAAGAAUACGUGUAAAACUAUACCAAGAUCAUCAAGACUCCAAUGUGCUUUAAAUAUGUUAAACAGAGAAUUUAGACUUACUUGAGGAAUCCUGAGCAGCUGAAAUCUGAUGUGAAUCUCAUAUUCUAAAAUGCUAUUACCUAUAAUCUUCCAAAGUAAAGAGUUCAUAAGGAAGCAUUAAAACUCAAAGAAAUCUGCAGCAACCUACUAUCGAAAUAUUGGAUUAAAAUAGAAAAGAGUAAGCUGAGAACCAUAGAUGAAGAUGCAUUUUAGCAAAGAAUAAAAGACUAAAUACAAGCAGAAAAGCAAGGACAAGCAUUUAAAUAGAUUCCUGAUGAGAUGCUUUUUAUGCUACCUCUUGAAGAAUCAUUAGAAACUAUAGAACAUAUGGCUCUAAAAAGUAAUGUCUAUGGAUCACCAACUAGAGAGUAAUUUGGAUCAGCAAAUGCUGCAUUGGCUAAUUCUUAGGUAAAAGAAGAAAUGGAUGUUGAAGGAAGUGACUUUGAUGAUAAUGUCCAAAAGGUAUAAAAAGAAAAUAGAAAUCAGCAAGAUCUUGUAGGGGAGGAAAGUGAAGACCAAAAUAUAUCCUAAAGUAUAGGAGAUUCACAUUCUGUUGCUGGAUUUAGAGAUCCUUAAAUGGGAGGUAUAACCAAAAAUCUUAGAGUAAGAAAGUAGAUCAACUACAAUGAAGAUAGAUUAUUAGCUGCUGGUAUUGGAGCAAAUCUGUUGAGUAAUCCUAAUAAUGAUCUUACUCUAAGUGGAAGUAAAAGAACACAUGGAAAUGCUUUCAAAAGCUAGAAUGUCUAAGAAUAGGAAGACUAAGAUUCCCCAUUUACAGUGAAUGGAAAUUCAAUUAAAAAUCUCAAAAAGUAGAGAUAAAACCAAUUUAAACUAGAUCCUGAUUUUAUCCCAUCAAAUUAUCAACCAAGACCACUAAACACUGCUACUCUUCUUUAGCAAGCAUUAAACUCUGAUCAAAGGUUACUAUUAGAUGUUGAAGCAGGUAAGCCAGAUUAAACUAAAGAGGUUACUCAAAUAAAUCAUGUGCAAUAGCAACAAUAAAUGAUGAUGAGCUAUUAUUAGGAGAUUGAUGAUGAAAAAUGCUACUAUUCUAACCCAGCAAGAUGCUCCUUUGAUGAUCCUUCUCUUUUAUUCGAGGAAAUGUGUUACCUUUGUGGUUCUUUCGGAAACAGGCAAGAUUUUCUCUCUUGCACUCUAUGUGGAGAGUCAUUCCAUACUUAUUGCUUACAGCUACCAGAUGAUUAGGUAGCUAAAUUUUAAAACUACUGGAAAUGCUUGAACUGUAAAUUCUGUGAAAUUUGCGCCUCAGCCACUUAAGAGGCCUUUUUACUUUAUUGUGAUGUAUGUGAUAAAGCUUUCCAUUCUCAUUGUUUAAGGCCUUAAUUAAAAAGCAUUCCAAAUUGUCAAUGGAAAUGCUAAUAAUGCUUUAAAUGCUAAUAAUGUGGAACAAAAGAUUUCUUUAGUGAAAAAGAUACCGAAGAAAAAAAGAACUUAGAUGUAACUGAUUUUGAAUUUUCUCAAAACUUCUCAUUCUGCUAUUAGUGUGGCAAGAAUGAGUAUAAGAAAUCCUUUUGCAAAAUUUGUUAAAAGAAAACAGAUGAUUCAGAUACUGAGUCAAAGUAAGAGACAUCUCGAAAAAAAUCUAGCAUUCAUCACUAAUCAUUAUCACUUCCGUUGAAGCUUAAAAAUAGCAAAGUAAAGAAUGACAAAGAUCAAAUGAUGAAAUGUGUAUAAUGUGGAUUUUAUUCUCAUUUUAGAUGCUCAAGACUAUUACCUUAAUUUGGAAAUAAUUCCAUUAAUGAUCAAGAUUAUGAACUUGAAACUGAUUAAGAAAUAUUAAAAGAUUAUAAGUGCCUUGAAUGUUUACUAGCUGGCAAGACAAUUAAUCACCUUAUUAGAGAGACUUGCGAAUAAUACGAAAAUAUUCAUUAAAUAAUAUCAAGGCAAAAAUUAUUGGCUUAACUUUGUUAGGAAAUACUUAAUAAGUAUUUCCCACUUUAAGACAAAGCUCCCCUCUUCAUCAAAAGCUUUAUUGAUCAAAAUUAAGAAUUCUUUAGAAAAGAUGAAUUAGUAAAUUAAUGGUUGAAUCUUUUAGAGACUAAUGUUUGCUUUGAAUAAAUAGAACCUGAAAUAAACUAGUAAGAUCCUAAUGUAGACUUGCAACCUAAUGAUCAAGUAAAAUAAAGUGAUGAAGAAUAAGAAAACAACGAAGUAGAUUUAGAUAAAGAAAAGAAUUAAGAGAUGGAAGAUUUAGAUAUAGAUGGUAAAUAAUUAUUGGAUGAAGGGUUAAAAGAUGAUUUCGUGGAAGAUAAAACAGAAAAAUUUGAGAAUUAAGAGGGGAAAAAUCCAGUAUUAAGAUAGAAAUCAGAAGUUAUCUCUAAGAAAUGGAAUGACAUUAAUUUAUCUGAUGCUUUGAAAAAGUUUGAAAAGAAUUAACCCAAGGAUAAAGUAUUGACUUAAUCACAGAAAAUUUACCACUAAAUGUAUGGUCAUAAAGAAACAUUCUUACCAGAGAAGAGAAAUCUUUAUUAGUCUCUUAGUCUAGGAAAUUUACAUAGAUUUGGUCAAAGAGAACAUUUCAUAAAACCAGAUGAAUUAAAGAAUUUGAUAAGCAUACCAAAUGAUGAGAAUUUGAAUAAAGUUAAUUUCGCUGAAGAAUAUGUUCAAAUCGAAUUCAAAGCAAUAAUGAGAGUAAAAAUGCAUUUUUUCAGAUGGUUUGAGGAUCUUAUAAAGUCAAUACUAAAAAAUAACAUGAAGUUUAUGAGAAAAAAGAAGAAGUAAGAAUUAUAAUUCAGAUAAUCAGAAGAUUAAUCAGAGGAAAUUAUAACAACUUCUCAUCAUAAUCAUCAUCAUAAUCAUGCUUAAUAAAGUGAGCAAGCAUUAGAAAUUCUUAGAUCAAGUUCCUUAAAUAACUAAUUGUCUGAAGAUGAUAUGUGUACUUAAGAAGAUUCCAUUAUACAAAAUCCCUAGAUCAAAUUGUAAUGCGUUUUAUGUAGACUAUUUGGAGAAUUAAAUGUCACAGGAAGACUAAUACCUUUCUAGGUAAAUUAAUUUGUUCACGUUAACUGUGCAUUAUGGUCAACAGAUGUUUAUGAAAUUGGUGAUGGUUAACUAGUAAAUUUCUUCUUUGUAUAGAAUGGUAAAGCUAGACUUACUAGAUGUAUCCUCUGUGGUGAAUCUGGAGCUACUAUAGUCUGCUUUACGAGAAAAUGCAAUGCAGCUUUUCAUUUCCCUUGUGCUUAUAGAGAAAACAAAGUUUCAUUCAUGAGAACUAAAGAGACUUACUGUGAUAUAUGUUCCAAGUAGAGAGAUUUUAAGAUUGGUUAUCUCUCAGAAUUCUCAACUAAAAGACGAUUCUAAAUAGCUAGAAAUUAGAUACCCUGGAAUAUGUCAAUAAUGUUCUAGCCUUAGCCAGGAUAGAAUCAAAAUAAUCCAUUUGCUGCAAAUACCUAAUUAAUAGCUCUACAAUAAACCUAAAUGCACUUAAAUAAUAUCUCAAACCCAGCAGAUCUUGAAAAACCAUUGCAAAUAGAAAAAUGGAGGCCAUUUUUCUAUGACAUGUUUAAUAGAGUAGGUAAUUUGACAGUACUGAGCUUGAAAAAAGAAAUCAAUCAAAUCAUUGAAGAUACAAUUUAUGGGUCGAAAAGAGAAGUUAAUAUAGACCUUCUUACAGAUUUUGCUGCAAUCAGAGUUUACUGGAAAUUUUAUUAGGACUUUCAAAUGAAUGAAUAAGAAGAUGAAUCUGUUCCACCUAUCAAUAUGAGAAAGAGUUAUUUCAUGUACUGCAAUAACACGAUCAGAGAAGUUAUGAAGAAUGAUCUUUAGUCUUUAGUUUAAUUCGCUAGUGAAAAGAUAAGAGAAAGAAUAUUGUUUGGAAUCUAGCAACAGUAAAUCAAUAAUAUGCAAAUAGAUUAUGAUACAGAAUCUUCAUUCAUUCCAAUUAAUCAAACAGGUAAAUACUUUAUAGCUAACUUUAUGAUAGUCUUUUGGCAAAAAAUCAUGCAGCACUUUCAAAGAGAAAGACCUAAUUUCACUCUUUAAAACAUUAUUUUCUCAAUUUCUGAAUUUGGAGGGAAAACUAAAUACCCUAUAUCUGUUUGGAAUAGAGCGGAAGUGAAAAAUAAGAGUUUCUUUUUGAAAUCUGGUUUUUAAGUCCUCUAAAUUCAGACUUAGAAUGUUGAUAGAGAAUCUCAGAGUAACCAGCAAGCUACAAAAAGAACUGAAGGAAAGACAAUUGAUGAUGUUUUUAAGAGAAUGGUAAAAAUAAACUAGAUGGGGGAGAAUUAAAAUCCAAUGACGUCAAUGAAGAGAUUAACCUGUAGUAAGAAUAUGAAGUAUGAGACUAUGCUCAAUACACUUGGAAAGAAAAUGUUCUAUACUAAAAGUCAUUAAGAGGAAAUGAAUCAAAAUAAUAAUCAGAAAACUGCAUUAGCGAAAAAAAUCAGACUAACAGACACUAUUGAUACUAACAAGGAAAUUGAUUUACCAAUCGCAAUGAAGUAUAGAUUGAGCAAAGCUUAACCAAAGAGAGUUGAAGUUGGACCAUCAAAGAUUCAUAGAAACGGAUUUCUAAUGCCUGGAGAUAUUGUCAUAGAGUACGUAGGUGAAAAGAUAAGAAAUAAAGUAGCUGAUAAAAGAGAAAUUUAUUAUGAGCAAAAGGGUAUUGGUGAUUGCUAUCUUUUCAGAUUGGACAAGGAGUAUAUCAUUGAUGCAACAUUCUUUGGUAAUAAGGCAAGAUACCUUAAUCACUCCUGCGAUGCUAACUGCUCAGCCAAGAUUAUUAAUGUUUAACAACAGAAGCAUAUUAUUAUUUCAACAAAUAGGCAAAUUAAGUCAGGUGAAGAACUCACUUAUAAUUAUAACUUCGACUAUGAAGCUGAUAAAUUGGAAUGCUUUUGUGGUGCCCCGACUUGUCAGGGAAGAUUAAAUUGA